AUGACUGAUGCUCGAUAUAGCCACACAGCAUCUAUAUUAUCAAAUGGAAAAGUAUUAGUUACUGGUGGAUACAAUGGUGGUGUUUUAAAUAGUGCUGAAUUGUAUGAUCCAUCAAUAGGAACUUGGACAAUUACUGGUACCAUGAAUAAUAUACGAUAUGAUCACACAGCAUCUGUAUUAUCAAAUGGAAAAGUAUUAGUUACUGGUGGAUACAAUGGUGGUGUUUUAAAUAAUACUGAACUGUAUGAUCCAUCAACAGGUAUUUGGGCAACUACUGGUAACAUGAAUAAUGCACGACAAGAUCACACAGCAUCUGUAUUAUCAAAUGGAGAAGUAUUAGUUACUGGUGGAUGGAAUGGUGCUAGUACUUUGAAUAAUGCUGAACUGUACGAUCCAUCAACAGGUAUUUGGACAACUACUGGUAACAUGAAUAUUGUACGAUAUUCUCAUGCAGCAUCUGUAUUAUCAAAUGGGAAAGUGUUAGUUACUGGUGGAUACAAUGUUGGUGCUUUAAAUAGUGUUGAGCUGUAUGAUCCAUCAACAGGUAUUUGGACAACUACUAGUAACAUGAAUAAUGUGCGACGAUUGCAUACAGCAUCUGUGUUAUCAAAUGGAAAAGUGUUAGUUACUGGUGGAUACAAUAUUAGUGCUUUAAUUAGUGCUGAACUGUAUGAUCCAUCAUCAGGUAUUUGGACAGCUAUUGGUAACAUGAUUACUGCUCGAUUUUUGCACACAGCAUCUGUACUAUCAAAUGGAAAAGUAUUAGUUACUGGUGGAUCGAAUGGUUUUAGUGAUUUAUAUAGUGCUGAAUUGUAUGAUCCGUCAACAGGUACUUGGACAACAACUAGUAACAUGAAUGAUGCACGAUAUUUGCACACAGCAUCUGUGUUAUCAAAUGGAAAAGUAUUAGUUACAGGUGGAUCUGGUAAUACCGGUUAUUUAAAUAGUGCAGAAUUAUAUUAA